AUGGGCAUAGGAGGUUUACGAUCUUGCACCCCCGAUACACCGUGGAUGCCUUAUGAAGAGGUCAAUUCUGAUGGUAAGCGGGUGCUCUCUCGUACGGAGAACUUUGCAAACUCCCAUGCAGGAUUCGACGGUUUCCUACGGGGUCAGCGUGCUAUGAGUGUCCUGCAACAGCUCGCCGGGGAAGAAAUGAUCCUCUUCAAAGAGAAAAUCAAUCACAAGCUGGCCGGAAGUGCCAAUGGAGGUCUGGAGGUUGUUGAUGGAUGUUAUCGUAUGGACAUCCCUCUCGGUAGUGACUGGUGCAUCGAACCCACCUGGGUGAAAAUGAGCAUCUGGACACCAGCCGAGCUUGAAUCUGGCGAUAUUUUGAUCUUUGGCUCAUACCUGGCGCAUAGAAGCGGUGCCAAUACUAGCCCCAAGGACCGCCGAGCGAUUUACGCAACAUACAACUGCGCCGCCGAGGGAAGUCUGCAUGAUCAGUACUGUUUAGACCGUCAGAAGCUUUGGCCGGCAACUCACAUGCAAAAAGAGGGAGAAUCUUACGAAGAAGGCCGGGCUCGCUAUGCUUUCGGUUCUCCCAUGUUGACGGUGGACUCUAAGGCUAUUCCUGCCUAG